CAUCUUUCUUUCUUCAUCACUGACUCAGUGACAGAGAAUAAAGAAAAAUCUGUUUUCUUGUACAUCAAGCAACUAUCAAGAAUCACAAGCCAUGACUUCGUCCACUCCCCCAUCAUCCCGCAAAUCCUCUCCUCAGAAAGUGUGCCACUCUCAGACGCAGACAGAGAUCUUGAAGCCUCUGCUUGGUGGAGGGAGUGGUGGUACCACAGGGGGUGGUCAGGCAGCACUGAGGAGGCGUAGGCGUGUACUCUCUAAAGAUGGGCGGAGCAACGUGCGCAUUGAGCAUGUCAGCGGACGUGGUGCUCUUUACCUACGUGACCUAUGGACGACCUUUCUGGACAUGCAGUGGCGGUACAAGCUCUUCCUAUUCUCGGCCACCUUCGCGGGCACCUGGUUUGCCUUUGGACUUCUGUGGUACCUGGUGGCACUGGUGCAUGGAGACUUGCUGGAAUUCGACCCACCAUCCAACCACACCCCUUGUGUGAUGCAGGUACAGACGUUGACAGCUGCCUUUCUCUUCUCACUGGAGUCUCAAACUACAAUUGGCUACGGUUUCCGCUGUAUUACAGAGGAAUGCCCAGUCGCCAUAAUCCUCCUUAUUGUGCAGCUAGUCAUCACCAUGGUGAUGGAGAUCUUCAUUACAGGGACCUUUCUUGCUAAGGUAGCUCGGCCGAAGAAGCGAGGAGAAACUGUAAAGUUCAGUCAACAUGCUGUUGUGGCCAAUCAUGAGGGACAACCAUGUCUCAUGAUCCGUGUAGCCAACAUGCGCAAGAGUCUGCUUUUGGGCUGUCAGGUAACAGGUAAACUUCUGCAGACAUCUCUGACAAAAGAGGGUGAGACAGUUCGUCUGGACCAGAGGAAUGUAGCUUUUCAGGUUGACACAUCCACCGACAGCCCCUUCCUCAUCCUUCCUCUCACCUUUUAUCAUGUUAUAGAUGACAGCAGCCCCCUCCGCACCUGGGCCACCAAAGGUGGUGGUUGGACAGACCCAGAGCUGGCUGACUUCGAGCUGCUGGUAAUAAUGAGCGCCACAGUGGAACCCACGUCAGCUACGUGCCAGGUACGCACCUCCUACCUGCCGGAUGAGAUCCUGUGGGGUUAUGAGUUUCCCCCAGUCGUAUCACUCUCCCCGUCUGGCAAAUAUGUGGCCGACUUUGCCUUUUUUGAUAAGGUAGCCAAGACUAAGACCCCACCGCUAUUUAAACCAGCCCCAUCUAACAGCCCACCUUCAGACAGAAAAAACGACCCUGAGAAGGCGAGGCUGGAGGAGAGCUACAGGGACGAGAAGGGGCGAGACAGGGGGAGGAUUCGAGAUAGCAGUCCACUUAGUGUUCGCAUAAGCAAUGUGUAAAUAGAGAGAAAAAAAGGAAAGAGAAAGAGAGAAUUGUAAUUAAAAAGAGAACUAAUACUGAGCAAGGGAAUAUGUGAAUACAAACUAAUACUAAACCACUAGAAAGGAAGGAAAGCCCUAAACGUCCAUGUAUUCAUGUAAAAUUGCCACACCAAAAAAUAUUUGUGUGUCAUGACCCAGCUGCCUCAGUAACAAAAAAUCCCUGUCAGUCUUUCUAUUCUAUACUAAUUAACCAAACAGA